AUGGGUGGUGGAAUACCUCAAACUAUAAUGACAGAUCAAGCUCCUGCCAUUGCUGCUGCUAUUAGGGAUGUGUUUCCGGGUGCUAGUCACCGUUUGUGUACAUGGCAUCUUGGAGAGAAUUCAAAGAAGAAUAUUGCUACGCAGAGAGCUAUGAAAGGUUUUACUGAGUUGUUUAGUUAUCUUCUGAAGUACUGUGAUACUGUUGCUGAGUUUGAACAUUAUUGGCCAAGGUUCAUUAAGCACUAUAAGCGUGAGAAGAAUGUAUGGUUGAAUAAUUUGUAUGUGAUUAGAGAGCAUUGGUGCCGUGCGUAUUCUAAGGAUACAUUCUCUGGUGGAGCUUUGUCUUCUCAAAGGAGUGAAUCGACUAAUAAUUCUAUUAAAGAUAGGUUGAGGAAAACAGAUGGUUUAUGUGAUUUUUACCACUUGUUUUUAGAUGUUAUAUCUGCAUGGCGUAGCAAAGAAAAUCACCAUGAUUAUCGUGUAUUGAGGGGCAAUCGGCAUAUGGUUGCUGCCAAUGUUAGUAUACUUGUGCAUGCAAGGAAGGUGUACACUGGUUAUCUAUAUGUGAAGUUUGAGGAGCAGUUUCUGAGAGGAAUUUCAUUGAAUCAGGAACGUACAUUUGAAGAUGCAGAAAAAGUUGUUUAUCUGAUAUGGAAGCCUGUUACUGCUGAUUUGAUAAGGCAUGAGGUUACGUUUAACAAAAUUACAUUUGAGUCCAAUUGUACAUGCAAGCAUUUUUCUGAAGUGGGUUUAUUGUGUUCUCAUAUUCUUCGUAUAUAUAGUAUACAUUGUGUUUCUAUGUUACCCGAACAAUACAUUUUGAAGAGGUGGAUGAAAGCAGCUAUGUGCAGCGCUAUUGUUGAUGAACAAUCCUCCAAAGUAAAUGUUGUUCCUGCUUCUGUUUGGAGAUUUCAAACUAUGAGGAAGUUUGUUCGUUUGGUUACAUCUUGUCAAGAUUUCCUUGAAGCUAGAGUAGAAAUUGAUACCGCAUUUGAUUUGUUAAGGCAAAAGGUUGAGAGUGUUAGGGGUGCUAUUGAUUUUGCAGAGCCGGUUGAGGGCAUUGAUGUUCCUGGUCACGAUGGAAAGGAUGGUCCAUCCAUUAAAGAUCCAAAAAAGCGUAGGAAAAAGGGUGAGACAAACGAGAGGCCUAAGGGUAUUGAGUUUGAUGCUUUGGGAAAUCCUCUCCUUUAUUCUCAUCCAAGUUCUGGCUCAGAGUUGCGUGUAAUAGGUUCAUCCCUUGAGAAAGGUAUUUCAGAAAAGAGUGUAGUACCUGAUUCUGUGCAGGAGGAUAUUUGUGGUAAGAAAGCAAUACCAGAUGUUGUGGACUCUUUGAAAUGUUUUGUUCAGGGUGGUUUUGGUUCACGAUCUAAGAAAAGGAAAGGAAUAUAUUCGGAAUGCGCUCCAAUUUCUGCUAACACGGAAUUGAAUUCUCCUGCUGCUCGUGUAUCGCUUUAUGAUGAGAUUAUGGCCAAUUUUGAUAAAUAA